AUGGCCAAGACCGCAAUCGCUUACAAGGAAAAGAUGAAGGAGAUUUCCGUCUUCUCGCUCAUCUGCUCCUGUCUCUACCCCGAAGUCCGCAAGAACACCAUGGGCGACUUCGAAGGUAAGCCGGCUGCCGUCGGGCUGGCCCGGGUCAGAGGUCAUUCGUUUGGCUUUGCUCCGGCAGAGCUGGACAUCAAGCCCAUCGACAAGCGCGCCUCGGGGCAGGCCUUCGAAGUUUUGCUCAAGCCCACGUCGCCCGUGUCGGACGCCGCCCACGCCGUCACCUCGCCCCCCAAGAGGGACAUCUCCCUGGAUGACAUCCAGAAGAAGCUGGAGGCCGCCGAGGACCGCAGGAGAUCUCAGGAGGCGCAGGUUCUGCGGGCGCUGGCGGAGAAGCGGGACCACGAGCGCGACGUUCUGCUCAAGGCCAUGGAGGAGAACAGCAACUUCAGCCGCAUGGCUGAGGAGAAGCUGCAGCUGAAGAUGGAGCAGAUCCAGGAGAAUCGGCAGGCUCACAUCGGCGCGCUCAUGGAGCGCCUGCACCAGAGGGAGGUGCACGCUCAGGAGGUGCGCAGGAACAAGGAGUUGAGAGAAGAGGUGAUGGCAUGA